UCUCCCCGCAGCGAGGAGAAGGCCGAGGAGAACCUGCAGCGGCCGCCCAAGGCCAAGAAGGUGAAGAAGGAGCGGAAGGAGCCGGAGCCGGCGCAGCCCGCGGCCGAACCCGCCGAGGCCGGCAAGGCCGAGAGCUCGGAGGGGGCCGGGGCGGCCCCCGCGGCCCCCGAGGCGUCGGCGUCGCCCAAGCAGCGCCGCUCCAUCAUCCGCGACCGCGGGCCCAUGUACGACGACCCCACGCUGCCCGAGGGCUGGACCCGCAAGCUCAAGCAGCGCAAGUCGGGGCGCUCGGCCGGCAAGUACGACGUCUACCUGAUCAACCCGCAGGGAAAAGCCUUCCGCUCCAAGGUGGAGCUGAUCGCCUACUUCGAGAAGGUGGGGGACACGUCGCUGGACCCCAACGACUUCGACUUCACGGUGACGGGGCGCGGGAGCCCCUCGCGCCGCGAGCAGCGACCCCCCAAGAAACCCAAAUCGCCCAAGGGCCCCGGGACGGGCCGCGGCCGGGGGCGGCCCAAGGGCAGCGGCGGCUCCCGGCCCAAGGCGGCGGCGACGGGGGCGGCGGCCGCGGCCGCGGCGGCCGAAGGGGGGGGUUCCCAGGCCAAGCGGGCGCUGGAGAAGCCCCCCGGGAAGCUGCUGGUGAAGAUGCCGUUCUCGCCGGGGCAGCCGGGCCCCGCCGCCCCCCCGGCGCCGCGGCGGCCGGGCCGCAAGCGCCGCGCCGAGCCCGACAGCCCGGCCGCGCCCAAGAAACGCGGCCGCAAACCCGCGGGAGCCGCGGGGCCGGGGGGGCCCGGCGGCCCAGACAAGAAGGCGGCCGCCCCCCCCGCCGUGCAGGAGACGGUGCUGCCCAUCAAGAAGAGGAAGACGAGGGAGGCGGCGGCGGCGGCGGUGGUGGAGUCGUCGUCGGCCGCGACGGCGGCGGCGGCUUCGGCCGCGACGACGACGACGGCGGCAUCAUCGGCGCGGCCCCCCCCGACCCCCCCCCGGGCCGCGGGGCCCCCGCAGCGCCCGCAGCCCCGGCCGGCGCAGCAAGGAGGGGAGUCC